CCUUCAGUUUGAGGCCAGGAUCUCUUGUAGACUCGCACUAGUCACUUGCUCUCUUCCCUGAACACCAUAGAUAUUCUGAGGUAUCCCCUGAUCAUCUUUGUGGUGGGGGGGCCUGGCUGCGGGAAAGGGACCCAGUGCAGAAACAUGGCUAUGAAAUACGGCUUAAACCACGUGGAGCUGGGCCAGCUGCUGCGGGAGGAAGCUCAGAGAAACACCCAGAGGGGCCGGCAGAUCCGGGACAUCAUGCAGCAGGGACUCCUGGUCCCCACGGGUUUCAUUCUGGACAUGGUCAGUGACAACUUGUUGUCUUAUCCAAAGAGCCGCGGCUUCCUCAUCGAUGGCUUCCCCAGAGAGCUGGAGCAGGCCAAAGAGUUUGAGCGGAUUGUGGGCAGGGCCCCCAACAUAGUCAUAGUGUUUGACUGCUCCAUGGAGACCAUGGUGCGCAGAGUGCUACAACGAGGACAGGUGGAGCACCGAGCAGAUGACUCAGAGCCGGCCAUCCGCAAGCGCCUAGAGAUGCACUACACCCUAUGUGAGCCCGUCCUGACCUUUUACCAGCAAAAGAACCUUCUGCGAUAUAUAUUGGCUGAAGAAGCUCCUGAAAGCAUCUUUGCCAAGUGCUGUUCAGUCAUUGAGAGUCUGCAGUGAGCUAGGGUUAUGCUUCUAACACCUAAAGAGCAGCAGCCAGCAUCUGCUUCGGAAGCCUACUUGAAGGGCAGAGGAGACAGACCAACAGGACACAGGGAGGUUUUGUUACCAUUUAUUUGUGAAGUUAAAAACGAGCGAUAAAAAGUAAAAACUGCCAUACAAUUUUUUUGUUUUGUUCUCAUUUUUUUCUCAGUUUAUCUCAUCUUCAACAGAUGACAACGUACCAGGCCAGUCCUGGGGUUGGGGUGGGUACAGGGAGGAGCCAGGGAAGAGCGGGGGCAGGGAGAAAGAGAGACAGAGAGAGAUGGGCAGGGCAGGAGGGGCCUGUGAUACCCACACCUGGUCCAAGGAAUGUUCCAACGCUAACUAAAAAAACAAAACAAAACAAAAAAACAAUAAAACAAAACAAAAAAAAAACCCACACAAAAACAAA